AUUUUUUUUGGUUAAUGGUCUGUGGUGGUAGGCAACGGAUUUGAUUUUGAUAAACCACUAAAAUGUCUUCUAAACCCACUUGUCUAAUUGUGGCCAGUGCAGCUGCACAAGGUAGGCGUUAACUACUGAAUGCGUUGACAUAUUAUUAACAUUUCACUUUAUCCACUUCUGUCGAUAUGAGCGCCUCAAACUGGCGCUGCUGACUGUAGGUGUAUGUCAUGUGACGGACACAAUGCGUCUUCAUAUUUGAACUAACUUGAUAGCUACUGUACCCAUAUUAGUCAUGUUUUACAGUAUCUUUUCUGUUUCAAAAAUGGCAAUAUUAAUAAUUUAUAGCUGUGCUUAUAUCUUAUCCCGGCUUGUUUGUUUGACACAUAAUCAUUAUCAUAUCGUACAAUCAUCACCAUGAAUGGCUUAUCAUGCUGCUGCUUUAGUGGCUAGCCUACUGUGUGUCAAUUCUCUCUUCUCUCAACAGGAGUGUCUGCUCGGUCGUUCCAUCAAGCCUUCUGUCUCUGCAGUUCGGUGUUCAACCUGCAGACGGCGACACCAGGGGUGAGACACACACGGAGACGCACACACCGAAAAAACACAGACCCACAAACACACACCGAAAAACACAGACCCACAAACAGACAAACACACACCGAAAAACACACACACGAUGUUGGUGUCUUUUUGUUAUUUCCAGGGGAAGCCCAUAGAUUUUGUCGGGGUGGAUGAAACCACAGCCAGAUGGGUACAAGACUUCAGCCAAAAGUCUUUUGCAACCCCAGCCAAGUUGGAGUCAAUAGAUGGUAAGAUCCACUUAUGAUUACAUGCGGCAGGUAGCUUAAUUUUUAAGAGCGUUGUGCCAGUAACCGAAAGGUCGCUGGUUCUAAUCCCCGAGCCGACUAGGUGAAAAAUCUGUCGAUGUGCCCUUGAGCAAGGCACUUAACCCUAAUUGCUCCUGUAAGUCGCUCUGGAUAAGAGCAUCUGCUAAAUGACUAAACAUGUUAAAAAGUAUGUAGCCUUUGUAUACUUCUUAGCCUCGUCCAAAAUGUGUUAGUUGUUAGACAGUAAUUCAGCGGUCAAUUCUUUUGACUGUUAAGAUCAUUACAAAUGGAAAUAAUUGGCAUAAUACUUUGCCGACGGUCACGUGAUGAUGUCAUGACCGUCACUCUAUUCCAGGUGCUCGGUACCAAGCUCUGCUGAUUCCAGACUGUCCUGGGGCUCUCACUGACCUGGCGCACAGUGGCUCUCUGGCACGUAUCCUCGCACACUUCACCUCACAGCAGAGUUAGUACCCUGUGCUCCAUCCCCCUAGUCUCUAGUGUAGCUCUCUAUAGGGCAGAUCCCCCUAACCCAGAUCAGGUCUUUAUUCAAUCCGCUAAAGCCCAAUACAAAUGUAAAAGGUAAUGUUCCUGCAUUCAUGGUAAACGCUGCAUGUGUCGGCUGAAGAGGAAAUGACCUUAACAUUUCUAUCACAGUCUGCAACACUUCAGCCAUCCAGCUAAAUCUUGGGACUCAAAACGUUUAGAAACUAAUAUUGUCAAACAUUGUCGCGUGGUUUGUGAGACGUUGUUUUGCAUGACACUACCAUGUCUGUACCUACCAGAGCCGGUGUGCGCUGUGGGACAAGGUGUAUCUGGUCUGUGCUGCGCCGUAGUAGAGGGACAGAGGUGGAUCUUCUCUGGCUACAGUCUCACAGGGGUUAGUGUCUCUUUAAGGGGGGGAAAUACCUCCACAUUCCAAAUCCAUAAAAGCCAAUGAUAUACCCGAUUAGCUUUAAAAGAUAUGGUUACUCGUUUUAUACAACUCCCAGUCUCCCGGUUGUGUUAUUUCCCAGCCGUCUGUAUUUGAGCUGGUGAGGAGCCCAGACUUUGCCAACCUGCCUCUGAUCGUGGAGGACUUUGUCAAGGACAGCGGAGGAUCAUACACCGGUGAGUGUGGGAGAUAACUAGUAUUGUUGUUCCAGGAGGUCAACAUUACAGCACAGUGUUGUUGUUGUUUCAGGAGAUCUACAUUGCAGAGGAGUUGCUCAAAUGAUCAAUAAGUAGGGUUGCAAAAUUCCGGUAACUUUCCAAAAAAUCAGGGUUGGAAGAGUCCCAGAAUCAGGAUGGAAUAAGCAAUACAAUCCAGAAUACCACAACCAGGAUUUCUGGAAAACCUGUUUUUUGGUGGGGAAAGUUAGUGGAAUUUUGCGACCCUAUCAGUAAAUCAUAUUGAUUGGUUUCCUGCCAUGUUCAACACUACUUCAGAAUGUACAGAGAUCUGAUUGGUCUCAGGUCUCUACACAUGAGGAAGUAGUGUUGAACACCGCAGGAAGCCAGGAACCCAAUCAAUAGGACUCUGAUGUGGAUGUUAGUGUUGUGUGUAACCUGACGUAUUUCCAUAUCGCUGUUCUUUUCCAGCUAGUCAGGAGGAUGCCAUGCAUGUAGUGAUCGACAGACACCUGGUGACCGGACAGAACAUACAGUCUACGUCAGUCGCUGUCAAUAACCUCAUCAUGCUCUGUAAUGGAAAGUAACAUGUCUUCUGUUCUGCUACGUAGGGACCAAGCUAACAAGCCUUGGCCGGGAUUCAAUCCGAUCGUGCUUUGUCGGCUAUGUGCCACUUAAAGGUAAUCUGCCAUUGAAUCAACAUAUGCAGCAUUUACCAUGA